CAAGCGCACCGCCUCCCCCUUCUCCUCUUCCCUAGUCUACUUUAGGGUUUCCUCCCUCACCGUCGCCGGCGGCGACGGCCACCAGACGCGCGCAUCCGGCGCGGCCGGCGUCACCGCCUCCCAGCCCCCUCGUGUUGCUCGCGUCUCCGGCGACCGUCGCUUUGCCUUGUACUCCGGCGCCUGCGUCGGCUACUAACUUGGGUGACUAGGCAGCAAUAAGGUUGGAAAGAUGUCUAAACGAAGGGGCAAUUGCUCGAGCUCAAAUGAAGAGAAGAAAACUUGCACAAAUAGUAGAAAGAAAGAGGAAUCUGGUAGCUUAAUUGAUUAUAGUGAAGGUGCCUAGAGUGGACUCAGUCAAGAAGUCAUUUCAAACUUAUCUGAAACUGUUGUCUCAGUGGCUUCAUUCAAUGGAGAUCAGACGCAUUUUUCAGGCACAGGCAUAGUUGUCAGAAACAAAGAUGAAGUAACUACAAGUAUUCUAACUUCAGCAAAUGUGAUUAGAUGUUUUGAUGAUGACAGCAAGAUCAAUCCGUUUUUGGAUAUUCGAGUUCUGCUUCCAAAUAAGCAACGUGUCAUCGGGUGGAUGGGACACUUUGACUUAAACUACAAUAUUGCUGUUGUGGUGAUCAAAUAUUUACCUGGUUUGCGAGCUGCGUCUUUUGAUCACGAAGUGCGAUUUGGGUCCCAAAGUAAGGUAGUAGCUGUAGGGCGUUCCUUCAACUCAGGCAAAUUGAUGGCGUUAUCUGGGAUAGUGACUGAUGGGCCAACAGAUUAUCCUGAACACCUUAUGAUCUCCACAUGUAAAAUCACUAAGGAUAUGGCUGGAGGACCACUCAUUGAUUUGGAUGGGAACUUUGUUGGCAUGAACUUUUUUUCGGAGGAGAGGACUCCAUUCCUACCAAGGAACAAAAUUUACCGAAGCUUGGUGCGAUCUUGCACACUCUGGGUUGAAAUCGACGAUGAAUGCACAAGCAUAAUUGAAAGAUGCAGAUCUAAGAUGAUACACAACAAUUUUGUUGGUACCUCAAGAGGAGUGGCAAAAAAAAGGAACCAGGAGCAAACCGUAUCCAUCACAAGCUUUUCAGAAGGUACUUCAGAUGAAGAGAAUGAAAGUGAGACUCAGAAGCUUCCUGAAUAUUCUACAAGUGAUUCAGAAGAUUUCUGGGAGGAGGAAUUGUUUCCUGAACUUAUUAAGCCCUUGCCAGAUGAUGAAUUCACGCAGCUUUUGAAAAAGGAUCUAAAGUCUCGUAAUUAUCCCAUGCCAAUCAGGUUUUGGGGGGGUAUGCGCUUGAAAAAUACUUUUGAAGAGGAAUUUGCUGAAGAUACAUGGUGCAAACUGAGUAAAAAGGUUGCUUUAAAUACAUCCCAAAGUGUUGUCUCACUUGCUUCGUUCAAAGGAGAAGAAAGGUUUUUUGCUUGCACAGGUGUAUUUAUAGACUUCAAUGGAUCCACAUCAAGAGUUGUGACUUCAGCAAGUUUGGUUAGAAUAUCUGCUGAUGAAAACAAGAUUGCUGAUAACCUGAAGAUUAAAGUGUACCUUCCAAAUAAACGAAUCGCCGUAGGCGAAUUGCAGCAUUGCAAUUUGAGCUACAAUAUUGCUGUGGUCAGUGUCAAGGGUUUCUGUUGUCUUCGGACAGCAGAACUCGACAAACAGAUGCAAAUCGAACCUCAUAGGGAGGUAGUAGCUAUAGGACGUAUCUUUGAAUCAGGCAAAUUAAUGGCUACAAGUGGGAUAUUGUCUGACGAGGAAAGCAAGCUUGACUGCAGAGAGCUUAUGAUCUCCACUUGUAAAAUCACUAAGGCCGGUAUUGGAGGACCACUGAUUGAUUUUGAUGGGAAUUUCGUUGGCAUAAACUUCUAUGGAACAAAAGAAACACAUUAUCUACCACGAUUAAUGAUACAGAGACUAUUGAAGGAUUUUGACGGGUAAUUGCACUUGCUUCUCAAUGACUUGUGUGAUUCUUUCCAUCUUUUCUAAUAUAUGUUUGGUUUGAGGAUGAUGUGAGAUGGGUUAGGUCCAUUCAUAUAUUUUUAGGAUGAGAUGGAUCUGAUUUUUGUUUGGUUGGAGGGAUGGAACGGACCAUGUUUAAUUGGAGAGAUGGAUUGGACCAAGCCAACCGGCAACUGGAUAUACGCAGAAUAUUCCUUUUAGACAACCCAACCUACGGUUCAAACCCCAAGGAUAAUGAGAUACUCUCUCCGUUUUUAAAUAUUCGACACCGUUGACUUUUUAGCAUAUGUUCGACCAUUUGUCUUAUUUAAAAUUUUUUGUGAAAUA